GCGGGAAAUUUUUUUCGAAAAACUUCUCGAAUCGCUCUCGCUCUAGAGUUGUGUGCGUUCAGAUACUUAAGGGUUUCGUGGGAAAUGGAAGGAAGCGAGAGCGAGGCGAUGUUCGAGUCGCUGAACCUGAAGCCCCAGCUUUUCAUCAACGAAGUCGUCAACAGCGUCGACGAUCUGCUCGACGAAGCCCUCCUCUUCUAUCAUCAACGAGCAUCGAAUGUUCUGGGAACCGAGGGCUCGGACAGGGCUCGAGAUCUGGGCAAGGGUGUUGCCUACUUGCACAAUAUGAUUCAAUCAGUUCUGGAUAAGCAUCUUGGUAUGUGGGAGAAGUACUGUCUUCGCCACUGUUUUAGUGUUCCCGAAGGAUUUUCUUUUCCCAAAGAUAAUACAUCUGCUGGUGACAUUCCUUCAUCUCAAGAUCCAAUUGUUGAUCUCGAGCUUCAAGAGCAGUUGGACUCAUUGAGAAACAGACUAGUUUCGGUUAUAAAGGAGUCUGCUGAGCUGAAUCAAGAACUAGAAGUACUUGAAAGGCAUGCUGUCUCAACUGACCAGUUUUCUAAGGUUGUUACUGAAGCACUGGAAUCCACUAGUCAAAGCUCUCUGCACGACACAUUCCAAGAGAUGAUGAGAACUGCAGAUGAACUUCGGUGUAAAAUAGCAAAGUUCAAGACCAGAAGGAUGGAAGAGACAGAGAACUCUAAGAAAAUGAGAUUAGACCAUCAAAAGAACAAUUUCUCUAUGGUAGAUCGUAGCCUCUGCGGUGCAAAGCUGGAAGAUCUUCAACACUUUUUGACCGAUUUGAAGAAAAUGUGAAUUUUGAUGAUCUUUGCAGUCAAUAAGUUCUUAUAAUUGCAGAAUGGCUCGUGUGUACUAUAUAUCCAACAGGGUUUUGUCUAUAAACAAGGUUGCUUGACUCUUGACGAUUAUAAAGCAAUUGUCGUAGCAAGUAGGCCGCUUUGGAUUGAUAGGUCUCCUCGUGCGGAAACCAGCAGUUUAGGUCCUGGGAUGGUGUUCGUGUAAUGUCAUCUUGCAAAACAGCUAUGGGCGGCCCAGGCACAGAUUGACCCGACCAGCUAUGGGCCGGCACAAUGUUGAAGGAAAAACAAAUACGACCAUUGUUUUAGGCUUUUAGGGCUGAUUUGGAAUAUGAAAAUGAUGCUUGUUUUUUGCGAGUUGAAAGAAUUUUAAUAAAUCCUGGAUCUGGAGUUGAUUUCAA